AGGACUUGGGAGAUUAUAAAUUUCUUGCACAAUUUAAAAAAAUAAAGAGUUUUUUGCACAUUUGAUUUGAUUUUAUUGCUGGUCUUCCCCAUAUAUCUCUCGAGUUUCUUUGUGUCUCCCUCCAACUCCAAUCCAGUAUUCUCUCACCGGCUGAAAGAUCUCUCGUGUCUCUUUAUUUCCCCUUUCCUCUCUUCUUCUUCUUCUUCUUCUUCUUCUCGAUUUUGUUCUUUCCAAUUUCAUCUGUUGCCUUUUCCCCUCUUUCUUCCCACCUCCUGUCGAGCGAGACUGGGUCCUGCUCGGGGGCAAGUAAUAAUGUCGCCGGGCGCGAGAGACCUGCAGCUGGCUCGAGUCGCCGGCGGCCAGGACGCUGAUGCCGGUGACAUGGAGGACGUCAGGCUCCUGGACUCGUACGAACAGCGGGAAUCCGAUGAUGUUAUCGAGGCUGGAGAAGGCGGCGAAGGAGGAGAGGGAAUGAUGAGGAGGAUUCAGGUCAGGAUUACCGGGAUGACCUGUGCUGCCUGCUCCAAUUCCGUCGAAUCAGCUCUCAGGAGCGUCAAUGGCGUUGUCUCCGCCUCUGUUGCGCUGCUUCAGAACAGGGCCGAUGUCGUGUUUGACCCCAGCUUGGUCAAUGACGAUGAUGUCAAGAAUGCAAUUGAGGAUGCAGGGUUUGAUGCAGAGUUUAUGCCUCAACCUACUACAACGAAGAAAAAUUCUGACAGUAAAGCCCUGGUGGGUCAGUUCACAAUUGGCGGUAUGACUUGUGCCGCUUGUGUGAACUCAGUUGAAGGUAUUUUGAGAGAUCUUCCUGGUGUAAAGAGGGCUGUUGUGGCGCUGGCCACAUCUUUAGGGGAAGUUGAGUAUGAUCCCACGAUAAUUGAUAAGAAUGACAUAGUGAAUGCCAUUGAAGAUGCUGGUUUCGAAGGGGCACUUGUACAGAGCAGUCAGCAGGACAAAAUCAUAGUCGGAGUUAGUGGAGUAACGACAGAGAUUGACGCACAACUUUUGGAAGGAAUACUUAGCACAUCAACAGGCGUUCGUCAAUUCCGUUACAACAGGAUAUCCACCGAACUUGAAGUUCUUUUUGACCCUGAAGUCAUUAGCUCUAGAUCCUUGGUUGAUGGGGUCGAGGAAGGGAGCAAUGGCCAGUUCAAAUUACACGUUAUCAAUCCAUAUGCAAGAAUGACGUCUAAAGAUAAUGAGGAAGCGUCCAAUAUGUUCAGACUUUUCAUGUCCAGCUUGCUUUUCAGUAUUCCAGUCUUUUUCAUAAGAGUGAUAUGCCCUCAUAUACCACUGCUAUAUUCUGUGCUACUCUGGCGUUGUGGACCGUUCAUCAUGGAUGAUUGGUUGAAGUGGGCAUUGGUGAGUGUGGUUCAGUUUGUAAUUGGGAAGCGCUUUUAUGUAGGAGCUGCAAGGGCACUUAAAAAUGGUUCAACCAAUAUGGAUGUGUUAGUUGCACUUGGAACCUCCGCCUCGUACUUCUACUCUGUUUGUGCCCUUCUAUACGGUGCUGCCACUGGGUUCUGGUCUCCUACCUACUUUGAAACAAGUUCCAUGUUGAUAACAUUCGUAUUAUUGGGGAAGUAUUUGGAAUGUCUUGCAAAGGGAAAAACAUCUGAUGCCAUCAAAAAGUUAGUAGAACUUGCACCGGCAACCGCAUUACUGGUUGACAAAGACAAAGGUGGAAAAAUUCGAGAAAGAGAAAUAGAUGCCUUACUGAUUCAGCCUGGUGAUACUUUAAAAGUUAUUCCUGGUGGAAAAAUUCCUGCAGAUGGCGUUGUUGUAUGGGGUUCAAGUUAUGUUAAUGAGAGUAUGGUAACUGGAGAGUCGGAGCCUGUUCUAAAGGAAGCUAAUUCAUCAGUUAUUGGUGGUACUAUUAACUUACAUGGUGUGCUACAUGUAAAGGCCACUAAAAUUGGAUCGGAUGCUGUUCUGAGCCAGAUAAUUAGUUUGGUUGAAACAGCACAGAUGUCCAAAGCUCCAAUUCAGAAAUUUGCAGAUUUUGUUGCAAGCAUUUUUGUCCCUACAGUUGUUGCCAUGUCUUUGAUUACAUUAUUGGGCUGGUACAUUGGUGGAACUAUUGGAGCUUAUCCUGAAGAGUGGCUUCCUGAAAAUGGCAAUAUCUUUGUCUUCUCUCUCAUGUUUUCAAUAUCAGUGGUGGUAAUUGCAUGUCCAUGUGCGCUUGGGUUGGCAACACCAACAGCAGUGAUGGUUGCCACUGGAGUUGGGGCUAAGCAUGGUGUGUUGAUAAAAGGAGGAGAUGCUUUGGAAAGGGCUCAAAAGAUCAAUUACGUGAUAUUUGAUAAAACUGGAACUUUAACUCAAGGGAAAGCAACAGUCACCACUGCAAAAGUUUUCACAGCAAUGGAUCGUGGAGAAUUCCUCAGAUGGGUGGCUUCUGCAGAGGCGAGCAGUGAGCAUCCAUUGGCAAAAGCAAUAGUGGAGUAUGCCCGACACUUCCAUUUCUUUGAUGGGCCUUCUCCAACAAAGGAUGGUGAAGCCCAUAAUAAAGAUUCAACAAUAUCCGGGUGGCUUUUGGAUGUCUCAGAUUUCUCUGCACUACCUGGAACGGGUGUCAAGUGCUGUAUAGAUGGCAAACGAGUCCUGGUGGGUAACCGGAAGCUCAUGGCUGAGAAUGGCAUUGAAAUCUCAGCUGCUACCGAGAGUUUUGUAGUAGAACUUGAAGAUUCUGCAAAGACGGGCAUACUUGUUGCAUUUGAUGACAAGUUAAUUGGCGUUCUGGGAGUUGCGGAUCCUUUGAAGAGAGAAGCUGCUGUCGUUGUAGAAGGGCUUCAAAAAAUGGGCGUCGAACCAGUCAUGGUCACUGGAGACAACUGGCGGACAGCUCGUGCAGUAGCCAAAGAGGUUGGGAUUAAAGAUGUAAGAGCAGAAGUAAUGCCAGCAGGCAAGGCCGAUGUGGUCCGCGCACUUCAAAAGGACGGGAGCACGGUAGCCAUGGUUGGUGAUGGCAUAAACGACUCGCCGGCCCUGGCUGCAUCUGAUGUCGGCAUGGCCAUUGGUGCGGGGACGGAUAUAGCAAUAGAAGCUGCCGACUACGUGCUGAUGAGGAACAACUUGGAGGACGUAAUCACGGCCAUCGAUCUGUCGAGGAAAACGUUUGCUCGCAUCCGUUUGAACUACAUGUUUGCGAUGGUGUACAAUGUGGUGGCGAUACCCAUAGCUGCUGGGGUGUUCUUCCCUUAUUUGAGGAUCGUGUUGCCUCCGUGGGCAGCAGGUGCCUGCAUGGCGCUGUCAUCGGUGAGUGUAGUGUGUUCUUCUUUACUUUUGAGACGAUACAAGAAGCCCAGACUCACCACGUUACUGAAAAUUACUGUAGAGUAGAUAAGGAGGAAAGUGUGAAGUAAAUAACAUUGUAAUGUUGUGAUGAAUUGUUACAACAAAACGGGGGGAAAUGUUGUGAGGGUAAAGUAAAAGGAGGGAAUAGAGAAUUUGGGGAGGUUCUUGGGGGGGGGGGGGGGGGGGGGGGGGGGGGGGGGGGUCCAAAUUUUGUACAGACUUCAUUUUUUUUUUUUGGUUUCUUUCACUUUAAGCCUAAGUUUAGUCUUUGUAAGCUGGCCGGGGCGGUGAGGAGGUGGUCGUUGUACCAUACCACCCCGUUGAUAAGAUGUAAAGGGAGCCGCUCUUUGUGUGUAAGUCAGUUGUAAUGAUAUGGGUUAAUACCUUAGUUUAGUUCGAACUAUACACAAAUUUUCUAUUUUGACUUGUGGUUUUCGAAAUAGCUAUCCUGGUCUGAACUAUGUAUCAUACUUUCUAAUUUGGUACGGAUUCGGAUUUGAUCGUUAAAUUAGACGGUCAACUCAAUAACCAGCUCACCUGUCAUGUAAGCAAGUACGAAAUAAAAAAUUUAUUUUUUGAAUUUCUGUAUUCAUUUACUUUUCUAUUUUUUGUUUAUUAUUAUUAUUAUUAGAAAAGAAAAUGAAUACAGAAAUACAAAAAAAAUCAUUUUUUUUAUUCCGUGCUCGCCGAUGUGGCAAGUGAGCUGAUCAUUGACUAACAGUCAAUUCAGUUGACCGUUCAAUUUGACGAUCAAAUCUUGCUUCAGGCCAAGUUAGAAAGUAUGGUACAUAGUUCAGGGCAGGAUAGCAAUUUCGAAAACCACGGACCAAAGUAGAAAGUUGUGUAUAGUUCGAGCCAAACUAACUUAUUAACCCUAAUGUUAUCGUCGCCUAGGUUUACUAUCAGCACCUUCUGGUUUGGUGAAUGCUACGAUUGUUAAACCAGGCAACAAUGGCAGAAUUAGAAAGUUGAAUGAGGAGAACUUAUUUAAAUCGUAAUAACUGAGAGAAGGGGUUAAGGUUUUACUGACUACUCUAUCUGACUUGAAUCGUGAUAAUUGGGAGAGGGGCUAAGGUCUUGCUGAUUACUUUAUAUCCUAAAUUUAUUGAAAAUUUUACAUGUAAUAAUUUGAGGAGGUUACUGACUUCUAUCUAACUCAUCCAUUAUCCGGUAACGCCUAUGUGUACCUUUCUUUCCGCAACAUAUGUACCUCCCUGCUUGCCCCGUUUCAGCAAUGCAAGCAAUACAAUUUGGCAGGCUUGGUAUGUCUGAUCCUCGUGGCUUGGGAUUUGAGGUUCUGGUUUAGAACUUUAGAUAUUCUGGUUUAGAAUAACUUCAAGCUUGCACGAAAUACGUACUGCAUGUAAGGCUAACAGACAGUCUGGUUAUGUGACAAUUUUAUUUUAUGGUGCCUUUAGUGGUGGUUAAUGGUUGAGAAAGCCCUAGACCUGGUACAACUGGAGGUAGGGCUGGAAGUUUGUCUAUAUUUGGUAUCACCGAAUACACGUAUUAUUUUUUG